AUGUCGUCCUGGUUUAUCAUUGCAUUUCUCGGCAUCGCACUGCAUCUCAUGCCGGUGGAAGCCCAGUACAACCAGGACUGGACGUGGCACGCCGGCACGAGUGGUAACCCCGUACCAAAAUGGCGACCCGAGAACACCGGGCCGUGGCUCGACGUGGUAGGAUUCGGCGGCAAGGCUGUCUGGUUAGAGUACAACUGCUACUGGAUGCCCGCAAUUUGUCAAAACGCUCGCAACUAUCUCAACUCGCCCGCUGGACAGAACCGCAACUGGCCGACCGCCUUCACCUAUGACUUCGUGCCGAUCCGGGGAAACGAACACCGCAGGGAAGCAGUCUGCCCUCAGAAGGGAACCCCGUGGAAGGAUUCUCACAGCUGCCCUGAAAGCGAUCAGCCGACCGUCAUGAGGUCGAAGUAUCCGGCCUACUUGGGGAAGUGGCACCAUACCGAGCUCGAGUCCCCCGCCUCCAUCCCUGUCGAUCUAACGAUCAAAGCCUGGCAGCCGCCGACCGGAGGUAACCGCGAGCCUUCGGGGCUCAAGUACAGCUGCGAUGAGUUCCCUGCAGCAAAAUGGAUCGAAGGCGGCGACGGACUCAACCACCAAAGCCAGUCCACCAAAACUAGAUGCGCAGCUAUCGGUGACGGUAAAGGCUGCAGAAUUGAUGGGGAGCAGAACUGGCAAGGCCAGAUACACGGCGGCCUUCGCUGGACCUUGAAAAACACCUUUAACAUCCCAAAUUCGCAGCACGACAAAAAGGUUGCCAUGUUCUUCUUUAGAAUGUCUAACGGCGGCUAUUCAGACCCUGCGGCCCGCGUCAUCAUCAACGAUGCAGGAACGGAGACUGUUGACCGUGAGGUGAUUCCGAAGGUGGCAAGGUCUACCAACGUGACCAAGGUCGACGCCAGCACGCUGGAUAUCGUCCAGUUUUUGAACUGGGCAAACAAGGUGACCGUGGAGGAGCUCCUAUCAACGCACUCAGUCCAGGUCAGAGACUUAACCCCGUCCAACAGGACUCAAUCAGCCGAUUGGGAGUGA